AGAAUGGAGCUGCGACCCUACCAAUGGGAAGUGAUCAUGCCUGCCCUGGAGGGCAAGAAUAUCAUCAUAUGGCUGCCCACGGGCGCUGGGAAGACCCGGGCAGCUGCUUAUGUGGCCAAAAGGCAUCUUGAGACUGUGGACAAAGCCAAGGUGGUUGUGUUGGUCAACAGGGUACACCUGGUGACUCAGCAUUGUGAGGAGUUUAGCCGCAUGCUGGAUGGGCAGUGGGCCAUUGCAACCCUGAGUGGAGAUAUGGGGCCACGCCCUGGCUUUGGCCACUUGGCCCAGAGGAAUGACCUGAUCAUCUGCACAGCUGAGCUGCUGCAGCUGGCACUGACCAGCCCUGAGGAGGAGGAGCAUGUGGAGCUCACUGCUUUCUCUCUCCUCGUGGUGGAUGAGUGUCACCACACGCACAAAGACACUGUCUACAACAUCAUCCUGAGCCGGUACCUAGAGCAUAAAUUCCAGAGGACACGGCCCCUGCCCCAGGUGCUGGGUCUCACAGCCUCCCCAGGCACUGGCAGGGCCACCAAACUUGAUGGAGCCAUUCACCACAUCCUGCAGCUUUGUGCCAACCUGGACACAUGGCGCAUCAUGUCACCCCAGACCUCCCUUCCCCAGCUGCAGGAGCACAGCCACCGGCCCUGCAAACAGUAUGACCUCUGCCACAGGUGCAGCCAGGACCCGUUCGGGGACAUGCUGAAGAGGCUCAUGGAACAAAUUCAUGACCGCCUGGAGAUGCCUGAGCUGAGCCACGACUUCGGGACGCAGACGUACGAGCAGCAGGUGGUAGAGCUGAGCAAGACCGCGGCUGAGGCCGGGCUCCAGCAGCAGAGGGUGUACGCGCUUCAUCUGAGACGCUACAACGACGCGCUGCUCAUCCACGACACGGUCCGCGCUGUGGACGCCCUGGCCGCGCUGCAGGAUUUCUACGAGAGAGAGGGUGCCACCAAGACCCAGGUUCUGCAUGCUGAGCGCUGGCUGCUGGCACUGUUCAAUGACCACAAGAAUGAGCUGGCCCUCCUGGCAGCUCGUGGCCCAGGGAACCCAAAACUGGAGAAGUUGGAACAGAUCCUACAGAAGCAGUUCAGGAGCCUGGACAGCCACCGGGGCAUCAUCUUCACUCGCACCCGCCAGAGUGCUCACUCCCUUCUGCUCUGGCUCCAGCAGCAACCCAGUCUGCAGACAGUGGACAUCAGGGCCCAGCUGCUGAUCGGGGCUGGGAACAGCAGCCAGAGCACCCAUAUGACUCAGAGGGACCAGCAAAAAGUGAUCCGCAAGUUCCGGGAUGGUACCCUGAACCUCCUGGUGGCCACGAGUGUGGCAGAAGAGGGACUGGACAUCCCCCAGUGCAAUGUGGUUGUGCGCUAUGGGCUCCUGACCAACGAGAUCUCCAUGGUCCAGGCAAGGGGCCGUGCCCGGGCUGAUCAGAGCGUGUACUCAUUUGUGGCAACCCAGGGCAGUCGGGAGUUGCGGCGGGAGCAGACCAACGAGGCAUUAGAGAACCUGAUGGAACAGGCAGUGGCUGCUGUGCAGGCGAUGGACCAGGCUGAGUACGAGGCCAAGAUCCGGGAUCUGCAGCAUGAAGCCCUGGUCAAGCGGGCGGCCCAGUUGGACCAGAAGGAGAGUCGGCGGCGGCAGUUCCUGGCGGAGCACGUGCAGCUCCUCUGCAUCAACUGCAUGGUGCCUGUGGGCCACGGCAGCGACCUGCGGAAGGUGGAGGGCACCCAUCACGUCAACGUGAAUCCCAACUUCUCGAUCUACUACAACGUCUCAGAGAAGCCUGUGGUCAUGAACAAAGUCUUCAAGGACUGGAUGCCUGGGGGUGUCAUUAGCUGCAAGAACUGUGGGGAACUCUGGGGUUGGCAGAUGAUCUACAAGUCAGUGAAGCUGCCAGCACUCAAAGUCCGCUCCAUGCUGCUGCAGACACCGCGAGGACGGACCCAGGCCAAGAAGUGGUCCUGCGUACCCUUCCCAGUGCCUGACUUCAUCUAUUUGCAGCACUGUGCCCAGAGCCUGUCAGACCUCUCCCUGAACUGACCGUCUUGUCGCUGCAGUGCCCAGCUCAGGCUGUAGGGGGCGGGAGAAUCUGCAGCAGCCACCGUCUUCCCCUGAGCAAAGUCUGGAUGCGCGUCCCUUCUGCCAGAGUCACCAG